AUGUCACACCUCCUCACCUCCCCCUCUCCUUCUCCCCCUUCCUUUCCUCUAUGCGAUUACAGCGACUGGUCUCCCUCCUUCUCCAUCAUCCCCGCCAUCUACCUGCUGGCCUUUUUUGUUGGGUGCCUCGGUAAUGGUUUGGUGCUAUGGGCCUACCUGGACCGACCUGAUGGGAGAGGAGUGAGAUCAGGAGGACGGUUCUGUUGCUCUAAUUCAUCCCUGGAGAAAAACAAGGACAACUGUGGAUCUUCUUCAGGAAAAAGCUACAGACCCUCCUCCCACUCCUCCUCCACUUCCUCUUCCUCUUACCCUCCCUCCAUCCCUCGUCCUUCCCGCUCCCUGACAGACUCUCUGAUAGCCAGUUUAGCCUUGGCUGACCUCUGCUUCCUCGUGACUCUCCCUUUGUGGGCAGUCUACACUGCCCUGGGCUACCACUGGCCUUUUGGACAACCGCUCUGCCAAAUCAGCAGCUUCCUCACUGCCCUCAACAUGUACGCCAGCGUGUUCAGCCUGAGCAUGCUCAGUGUGGAGCGCUACUGGGUUCUGACUGGACGGCGGCACUCCAGCCACCAUCACGUCCGGCAGAGGUGCCCAAGCAGGGCUCUGUGGAUCCUUGGAGGGGUGUGGGUGCUAGCUGGGGUGCUUGCACUUCCUGGUUUGCUGCUGCGCUCUGUCAAAGAGGUGGAGCUAGAAUCUGAGGAUGACUGGCAGCUUGAAGAGACCCCUCCUGCUGACUCUGGAUCAGUCUUCCUCUCCUGUCAGAUGGAUUACUCCAUGCUGAUUGGAGCAGAGGUGGAGGAGACAAAAAGAGAGAGAGUAGAGAUGAUGUGGGCAGCGGCCUUGAGUUUUAAAUCAACUCUAAUUGGCUUCCUGCUUCCUCUUGUCAUCCUGCUGGUCUGUUACUGCUCAUUAGCCCAUCUCCUCAGCAGACAUUUUGGAAAGGGUCCUCGUCCUGACCGCAGGCGCCAACGUAGACUCCUCAGAGUCAUCGUGUCGCUAGUCCUGGCCUUCUUCCUCUGCUGGCUGCCUCUGCAUGUUAACAAGACUGUCUCCAUGCUGCUGGAGUUUGGCUUCGUCCCCUACUCCUGCUCUUUAGAUCAGAUUCUACUGGCUGCUCAGCCGUACGUCACCUGUUUAGCCUACCUUAACUCCUGCCUCAACCCCCUUCUGUACGCAGCCUGUGACCCCACAUUCAGGAAGAGGUGCAGAGGAGCUCUGUUCAUGAUGUGCAGGAGGAGGAAAGAGGGCAAAGAGGGAAAGGAGGAGGGAGGAGAGGAAGGGAAAGAGGAGAGGAGUUCAGCCUUUCCCACGAGAACACAGGAGGAGGAAACAGCAAGGACAGAGGGAGAAGGGAGGGAAGAGGUGCAGGAGGUGGGGUGCGAGGAGGCCACGUGA